AAUGUCUAACAUUUGAUUGGUGAAAUCAGAAGGUGACUCUGCAAUCUGAUUGGCUGACUGGAAGAAGACAUAAGAGGGACCCCCUGUCACAGUGGCUCAGUUUCCAGUCCACCUGUUAGAAGCAGGGUGACCCUUGACCUACAAAUAGCAGAGUGUUACUGGAAUUCGAUUGAAAACCUUUGAGUUAAGAAAAUACAGACAAAAGGUCUCACAGAUUAUCUGGAAUGGAGAGACAUCAUCACCACCACUCUCAGUCAUCCAGUCAUGAAGCCAUGGAAAUUGAUCUGGACAACAGUGCAAUCCAACCCAUCCAGCCUGUCCACAUCCGACUGCCCACCUAUAGCCGCCAGUCUAGCCCUUCUCCACUGAGAUUGUCCAGACGUAAUGCAGAGGAACAAUCACACUGUGGUACAUCACCUCUGAGGUCCUUGAGGGAUCGUGCUAGUAGGCCUUACCCUACAAGGAGGCAAGCUAAGAGAUCCAACCCACCCCAACUAGAGAUGCUGCAUAGAAGUGCCCCACAACUCACCACUGUCCAAUCAAAGACAAAGAAAUCAUCUAGUAGACCAGCACAAAAGACCUCCAUUCAACAGCCACAGCUUCCAUCACCAUAUGUUACCAGAUCCAGUGUUCAGCAUCCCUCUCCACUUGUGAACGUGCAAGAGAAAUCAAGAUAUCUGACAAGGUCUCAGGGGAAGCAGAGAAGGGAUGAGCAUUGUAUACUUCAUGGAAAGCUUGUUCUCAGGAAGGAAAAGCCCAAGGCUCCAAACUACCAGUCCACUCCUAAGAUACCAAGAUCUCAGCUGGUCAACAAACUUGUUUCUCAAGCAUCAGAUGCAAAACCGAAGCAGAGUCUUUCCAAACUACUUACCCAAUCCAAAUGCAGAACUCCCACUAGAAGCAAAAGCUCCUCCAACACAGCUGAUCUCUCCACUGGUGCUAAGAGAAGGAUUACAACAGACAACUCUCCAGCCAAGCACAAAAAAGGGAAAUCAAAUGCAACCAAAACUAAGCAUGGACCAAAGGAUGCAGACAGCAAGAAGACGAAGUCAGGUGGACUUAUGAGGAGGAUGAGAAGUUUAGCUUCCAGCAUCCAGCAGAGGUUCUCUAAGAAAAGAAAGCGAGGUCAGCAGGAUUUGGACACAGCAGACUCUUCAACUUGUGAUGUUCCACUUGAAGUUUAUCCUGGGAAGAAAACAGUACGUUUUGCAGGAACAACUGAACCAAUGGACACUUCAUUGCCUGUUAGCUGUUUUGGGAGUUACAAAGUAGAAAUAACAAAAAAGCCUGUCAAAACAGAUGGAAAACAAACCAAAGCCUUUCCAAGGAAAUCUGACCAGCCAGCUACAAAGAGCAGCUUCUCCAGGGCAAAGCUUUUGACAUCAACACAACAGAAGUCCACGUCAGCUAAACCCACUACCUCCUGCUGUGAAACCAAAGAACACACAACAGUUGCCAUUGUAUCUGCUUCUGUAGAGAAGUCCUCUCAAACCAGCACAGCUGCUUUAGUAUCCAGCAGACCUGUGUUUCCAGCUGCCAAAGUCAAGCCAACUCUACCUCAGUCAUCAACGAAAACAAAAUCUUCACCAGCACCAAAGACAGCACCAAAAGGAGUUAUAUCAGUGACCACCAACUUGAAGACCCCAAGCAAGACAGCAAUGAAACGAUCAAUUACCUACAAGAUACUGUCGCCUUCCCCAAUGAUUUCUCUUCCAAUUGCUACUUCCAAGACAUCAACAGAAGCACCAGGACCAUCACCAAAAGUACCAACAGAAAGAAAGGGGAAGCCACUGUCAAUUUCUUCACCACCAUCUCAGAAGUCAACAACAACCCUGCCAUCAAUGUCUUCAGAAGAGUGUGCAAAGUUCACAGCAGACACAUCGUGUUCAAAACAGAUUACAUCAACAUCAGCUAGAGGAGCCAUUUCUACACUACCUGAAAAUCCAGUAGUAUCUUCAUCAGAACUCCAAGUCCAAGACAUUUCUACCACAAAGCCACAAUCAGCAGGAAAUGUGACAGAAAAAUCACCUGAGAUGUCUUUGUCCACCUCAGCAUCACUGUUGACUUCCUCUUUGGAGAUGUUGCAACCAGUUCCAACUAUAGCAAGUGCAAAUACAUGUAUUUCAUCACAAACAACAUUAGCAUCAAAGCCAAUGCCUCCAGAGCUCCAUGCCUUGAACCUUGUGCCUUCACAAUCAUUGGAUUCAGCACCACCUGAUCAAGUGGAAUCUUUGAACAUUAGUCCAUGCCAUCACCCAAACACACUAGAUGCUUCAGUGCCUGUGUCUCAUUCUGCCUCGUCAUCAGAUAAUCACCAAGCAAAGUCACAUCUUCAUGAAACUGAUUCACCAGGAAAACAUCUAGCAAGGAAUCCAGUAAAUCAGUACCAGAUUGUAGACCAAUCAACCAAAUACCAGGCUAUCAAGGAGAUAGGAGCUGGCAUGAGUGUGACAGGUCUGCCACAGAUAACCACUCAGCUCCCUGUUUUUUCAUCAGCACCAGCCAUGUUUACUUCUCAGCAGAUGACAGUGAGAAAUGGGCAGAAUGUUGAUCCAGUCUUCAGGGGCCUGUUUACUCAAGCAGCGUCAACUUCAGUAUUACAUCCUGUAUCCUCCUCUUUACCCUCAAUGGUUGCAUCUUGUCACACGAACAACUUCAUGGCUGGGACACACACCAAUGGAAUCAUGCCUUCAGCUUUAUCACAGAGGAUGACGUACACAACUCCAGCUCAAAAUGUGCCGUCUAUCAUGCCUGAACCACCACUCAACAAACCAUCAUGUCUCUAUGAGGGUGCAGAGUUCGCUAGGCUUAAUCCAUCCAUGACUAUUCAGGAACUGACCAAGCCACUGUCCGUCAUGAUCCCAGACUACAAUCCCACGUAUGGAAUGAACAACUACUACUCCUCAAUCUACAAACACUAUGGUACCUUCCACAGUAGCUACAUCCAAUAUGGAACUGCUAACCCAGUGAUGACACAAACAGCACUGCCGAGGUUUCAUCAAGAUCAGCCAAAUAUUUCAACAUGGUAUUCCAAUCUACAGGCAUGUCCAGAGGACUUGUUAAUGCAAAGAAAGGUUCCCAAGGAAAGGGCUUUUGGAUCUCCAGAUCUUAUGUGCCACGAAACCUUUGAUGACACCAAUGAAGUAUGCCAGACCUCAAGAAAAGAGUUGAUGACACAGACUGCUUUAUCUAUACCAAGUGAGACCAGUCUUCCUGUGUUGUCAUUGGUGGACCUUGUUGAUGGCGGUAUACCAAUGUCCACCUGUUCCAACAAAGACUCUUCUCAGGAAACCAGUGGUAUCGUUAAAGAAUGGGGUGCCUCCUGCCAGGUUGAUUCAUCCAAGGAUCAGACUUUGUCACCUUCGUGUAGUCAACCUUCAGUCUCACUAUUCCAGUGGAACCCAGUUCAGCAUGGAACCAAGACAAAAUUGGUGAUUCCCAGUAUUAGCAGCAACCAAACUGAGACCAGCCUUAACACAGACAUGUGCUCAAUAGAGGAAUUAAUACAAGUGCCAAAGUCAAAGAAAAGACUCUUCCCUGAUGAUGCUACUUGGCCGGAAGGGAAAAGGCAGCGGACGUCACCCAAAAAGCUUCCACAAUCAUCUCCUGUAAAAAGGGCCCCUAGUCCUCAGCCGGCCUGGACAGAGAAUUGUUCUGAUUGUAUCCGAGUAGAGAGAAUCCUAGGGGACAGACCAUACACUCUUCUGAACAAUGUCAAUGGUCCAGUGUUUUCCAGCAAAUCCACCAAAGAAAUCAUCCAUGAGUACUUUGAUUCUCGAACCUUCUAUCGGUCCAGAGGAAAGCCACACUUAGUCACACGAGAUCUUGUAUGGCGUCUCUUCAGUGUUUUGGAACUGUACGGAAACCGCUUCAGCACUCUGGAUUCUUCUACCACUGACGCCAUUCAUCUGAGUGUUCUGGACAAAACCCAGUGUAGUGAACAGAUGUGGAGAAGAAAAUGCAUCUCUUUUGUCAACCGCUCCAUCCAGCAAUUCUUCCGUGUUCACUUUCGCAGGUUUGAGCCCUAUCUCAAACACCGGUGUGAUCCUAGUUUGUGCUAAAAACCAGAAGUGACAGUGUUUGAGUCA